GUAGUGGACUAGAGGUUAAGGUCCCCUCAAGUUCAGCUCGUUUGUGUGGAAUCCAUAUGAGGUAUUAUCAAGGCCACAUGUAAGAUGGAGGAAAAAGUGGAAAGCCCGAAAAAGAUCAACCUGGAUCGCACCGAAUCCGUUUAUAGUGAACAAGAUGUGCAGUGUGGUUUCUGGAUAUGUCGUGGGAGAUUCUGGCAGCACCUGGCCAGCAAGAAGUUGUACGUAUUGUUGUUCGGAACGGCCGGGUGUCUGUUCGGAGCUACAACAUCCUACUUUUACGGCACUCUGACCACGGUUGAGAAAAGCAUCCAGAUCUCUUCGAAAAACGCUGGAAUCAUUACGGCUGGAUCCGAUUUGUCAUUCGUGCUGUCAUCACUGUUUCUAUCGUACUAUGCUUCCAAUAAGCGAAAACCCCUUUGGAUAGCGUUGGGAAUUCUCAGUAUGGCCUUAUCAUGUUUCGUGAAUGCAAUACCGCACUUCUUAUAUGGACCUAACCUGCAAGAUAUGAUGCAAGUCGUAGCGAAUAACACCUCAGAGUCUCCGAAGGGGAGUGACAACCUUUGCAAUGUUAACCGUCCACCCCCAGACUGCUCGACAGAUUUUGGCAACCUCAAACCACAGCUCUUUCUGUUCUUGGGUAGUUUUUUGUCUGGACUGGGAACGUCUUUGUAUUUCACGCUGGGAAUCACGUAUCUAGACGACAAUGUUCGCAAGGAGAAAGUACCCUUUCUGUCCAGCCUGUCCGCUUUUGGUCGACGACUUGGGCCCAUGCUGGGGUUUUCAAUGGCUUCACUUUGCUUAAAUUAUUUCGUUUAUCCUGGUGUUGACCCAGGAUACCAAGUAUCCGAUCCCCGUUGGAUAGGUGCCUGGUGGACAGGAUGGAUUGCGCUCGGGGCGGCACUUUUGUUUGUAGCCCCGAUAUUUGCCGGAUUUCCCAAAAUUCUUCCCAGGGCGGCUGAAAGGAAAUCAUUAUCCCGACAAGCAAGUCGUGCCAGUGGAGCGACCGAAGUAGACGAUGAACCACAAGCGUCUUUCAGUGAUCUCACCGCAACUGUGAAACGGCUGCUUACCAACAAAGCAUACAUUUUCAACAAUUCUGCGAGUAUUUUCUACUUCUUCGGGUACAUGCCGUACUUUUUGUUCCAGUCCAAGUACAUCGAGAUUCAGUACCGGUUGACACCAUCGCAGGCCAAUUUGGUCACCGGAUCAGCCACGCUGGUAUUCUCCGCUUUGGGAGUCCUGGUUGCCGGUGCGGUUAUCCAGAAAAUAAAACCAACUUCCCGGCAGUUAGCUGGUUGGAAUAUUGUCACCAGUUUGUGCUCCGCUAUGGGAAUCGUCCUCUACUCGAUGCUGGGCUGCAAUUCACUGAAUAACGCUGCCAUCGUAAGCAACUCUCAAGGAGCCGAUUGUAGUUUGGGAUGUAACUGUGAUUACGUGAAAUAUGCCCCAAUUUGUGGAAGCGAUGGGAAUACUUAUUUGUCCCCCUGCCAUGCUGGGUGCAAAGAACAAUUUAAGGAGCCCAAUGGAACAAUUUAUUACAGUGACUGUUCGUGCAUCCAAAAUCUUCCAAACGUAACGUACGCUUCAUUCAAUAGCUCGGCGUAUGGUUAUUCUGACCUACCGUUCCAGGGCACAGGAAUUUCGGGGAGCUGUCCCGUAGACUGUAUGACUCCGUUCUAUUUGUUCGUGUUCGUGCUGUGUCUGAACAAGUUCAUCGGUGGAACCGAGUCGGCGGCUAACUUUUUGAUCGGGAUUCGCUGCGUCGAGGAACGCGACAAGGCAAUCUCGAUGGGCGUCUCGAUGGCGAUUAAUACGCUGUUUUCAUUCCUACCAGCGCCGAUCAUUUUCGGCUUAAUCAUCGAUCGGACGUGCGUUUUGUGGGGUCGAACCUGCUCUAAAACGGGCAACUGUUGGCUGUACGAUGGCGAGGCUUUGCGAAAAUCGAUGAACUAUACGGCGGCGGUGUUCGUUGUGCUGGGUACUUGUUUCGAUGUGGGUACCUGGUGGUAUUCGAAAAAUUUCAAAAUUUUUGAUGACGAAGAAAAGCAUGUAUCCGAGGAUGGGAAAGCGGCCUCGCAAGACGAUGCGGCAGAGUACUUUAUCAAAAGCGGCUCAGAGCGAAGAGCAUCGACCGCGUUGGUGAACGAAACGAAACAGUGAGAGUAAAUAUUGG